AUGAGGCUGGAAAAAUGUUACGUCUGUUCGUCCACCAUAUACCCAGGGCACGGCGCAAUGUUUGUGCGCAACGAUUCAAAAGUUUUCCGCUUCUGCCGCUCCAAAUGCCGCAAGAACUUCAACAUGAAGCGUAACCCACGUAAGCUUCGCUGGACCAAGGCCUUCCGCGCAGCUGCCGGAAAAGAGCUCGUCGUUGACUCUUCAUUUGCUUUCGAGCGCCGUCGCAACCGCGUCGAGAAAUACGACCGUGAGGUCGUGGCCACCACCUUGCGCGCCCUGCCGACUAUCGACAAGAUCAAGUCGGCCAGACAGAAGGAUUUCUACAAAACGAGAAUGGUUACGAGAGUCAAGGAAACGAGGAAGGACGCGCUUCGCGAGCUUGCCACGGGCGCAGAUAUCGUGCAACCGCUCAUUGUCAGACAAAAAAUCGCAGAGCGCAAGGAUGUGGCGGUUCAACAGAUGGAAGAGGAGGUCGCGCGUAUCGAGGAGUGACAAAGGGUUUGUGCUUGGCCCUACCCCAGGCCUCAGGUAUCUUCCUUGGCGAUGUACGAUUGUCCGUAAAUUAUUCUUUUUGCA